CAGACGCGGCGCGCGAUUGGCUGGCGGAGGCACGGUCUCCGGGGCCUGGGCGGCGCAGCAAGGCCUCGGGCGGCGGUGGCGGCGGCGGCGGCGACGGCGUGAGGCAGUAUGAUGUGAGCCUGUGACCAUGGACUUUUCUCGGCUCCACAUGUACAGCCCUCCCCAGUGCGUGCCCGAGAACACUGGCUACACGUAUGCACUCAGUUCAAGUUAUUCUUCUGAUGCUCUGGAUUUCGAGACUGAGCACAAAUUGGAUCCUGUGUUUGAUUCUCCAAGAAUGUCCCGCCGCAGCUUGCGCCUGGUCACCACAGCACAUGCCGCCGAGGACGGCCCGGCGGCGGCGGCAGCGGGGGACAGGGCGGCCAGAGUAACGAAACAGCGCGGAAGUGCAGGCAGGCUGGCCCUUACCCUGAACCACGCCUCGAGGAAGGGCCUGUCCUUGGCUGCCGGCCAGAGCAGCACCGGCGCUGUGCAGGGCGAGGCCUGUCUGCGGCCUCCUGUGCUGGACGAGUCUCUGAUCCGUGAGCAGACCAAAGUGGACCACUUCUGGGGUCUCGAUGACGACGGAGACCUCAGAGGUGGGACUCGAGCAGCCCUUCAGGGCAAUGGUGAUGCGGCCGGCGGGGCCGCGGGCGCAGCUGGGAGCAACGGCUACACCUGCAGCGACUGCAGCCUCCUCUCCUCGCGCGGGGCCGCGCUCACCGCACACUCCACGUCCUUUGGACCCACCUCAAGAAUUUACUCGAGGGACAGGAACCAGCGACGCGGCGCCUCUCGCUUCGCGGAUAGGAUCUGGCGGCUGGCCGAGCGCACCUCGUCCUUUUCUUCGUUCUUAGUUCACCUCUUCCAAGGGGCUUUCGCGAAGUGCAGUUGUGAAUCAGAAAAUGCCAAAUUGAAAAGUUCUCACUGCGGCCACGGCGGGAGGAUGGACGUGCGAGAGGCCCUCGGAGACGACGGCCGCCUCCGGGUCAACGGGGAGUCUCUGUGCGACGGCCGAAAGGGGAAGGAGCCCCGCGAGACGCACUCGGCCCCCCGCUCGCCGUCCUCGAGGCCCGGCGGGCUGGCAGGGACCGCGGGCCGCGCCUUCGCUCACGCAGGUUGUCGCGCCGCGGUGCAGACGCUGCGCCGGGCCGGAGCCGCGGGCUGGUUCGUGUCGAGGACGGUGCUGGCGGUGCUGCGCCUGGCCCUGUUGGCCCCAGGGAAGACAGCGUCCGAAGUUCUCUGGUGGCUUGGGGUUGGAUGGUACCAGUUCGUCACUUUGAUUUCUUGGCUGAACGUGUUUCUUCUUACAAGGUGCCUUCGAAAUAUUUGCAAGUUUUUAAUCUUGCUCAUUCCGCUGUUACUUUUGCUGGGUGCAGGUGUUUCCUUAUGGGGCCAGGGUGAUGUCCUCGCCUUCCUGCCCGUGCUCAAUUGGACACACCUGCUCGGAGCCCAGCGGGCCGAUGACCCCAGCAGCACGCGCACGUCCGGCCACCCGCCCCCGCGCCAGCCUCUGGAGGCUGGCACUGAGGCUUUCCACUGGCAUCGGAUGAGUGAAGUCGAAAGGCAGGUGACCUCGUUGUCAGGACAGUGUCACCACCAUGACGAGAAGCUUCGAGAACUGGUGGCUUUGCUCCAGAAACUCCAGGCGCGGGUGGAGCAGAUGGACGGCGGUGGGGAAGGACUCCUGUCCUUGGUGAGGCAUGCCGUGGGGCAGCAUUUCGAGGAGAUGGGCGCCCCCGGGCCGUCGAGCUCCCAGGCCGACUCCGAGGCCUCGCACCGAGAGCACGAACUGCGGAUCUCCAGCUUGGAAGCCGUUCUCGGGAAGCUGACGGAGAGGUCCGAGGCCGUCCAGAGGGAGCUGGAGCGGACCGCGCGCGCAACGGCCAGCGGGAUGGAGGAGGAGCAGCGCCUUCUCGGCCUGGUUCAGCAUCUGGAGCAGGAGCUGGGGCGCCUGAAAGCAGACCUGGCAGGCUGGCAGCGCGGGAGAAGCAGCUGUGAGGCGGCGGACUCCGUGCGCGAGACGGUGGAUGCCCGCGUGAGAGAGACCCUCAGCCUCGUGCUUUCCGGGGACCAGCCAGAAGCUGCUCUGGAGCGGCUGCUCCAGAAGUGGUCUUCCCAGUUUGUGAGCAAGGAGCACCUGCAGGUUCUGCUGCGCGAGCUGGAGCUGGGGAUUCUGAAGAACGUGACCCACCACCUUGCUGUGACCAAACAGACGCCAGCUCCUGAGACUGUCGUGUCUGCUGCGCGUGGGGCAGGCAUCACGGGAAUAACCGAGGCGCAAGCCCAGGUCCUUGUGAACAAGGCCCUGAAGCUGUAUUCCCAGGACAGGACCGGCCUGGUGGACUUCGCCCUGGAAUCCGGGGGUGGGAGCGUCCUGAGCACCCGCUGCUCCGAGACCUUCGAGACCAAGACGGCGCUCAUCAGCCUGUUCGGCAUCCCGCUCUGGUACUUCUCGCAGUCGCCCCGCGUGGCCAUCCAGCCUGACAUGUACCCGGGUAACUGCUGGGCGUUCCGAGGCUCCCAGGGGUACCUGGUGGUGCGGCUGUCGAUGAAGAUCCAGCCGAGCGCCUUCACGCUGGAGCACAUCCCCAAGACGCUGUCGCCCACGGGCAACAUCACCAGCCCCAAGGACUUCGCCGUCUACGGAUUAGAGGACGAGUACCAGGAAGAAGGGCAGCUCCUGGGACGGUUCACCUACGACCAGGAAGGGGAGUCGCUCCAGAUGUUCCACGUCCUGAAAAGACCUGAAAGCGCUUUCCAGAUAGUGGAGCUGCGGAUUUUUUCUAACUGGGGCCAUCCCGAAUACACGUGUCUGUACCGGUUCAGAGUUCACGGAGAACCCAUCAAGUAAAGCCAGUCUCCUCUCUGUUGCUGUACAUUCUGUAUAUACUGGUCGGCCUGCAACCCGGACUCCCUCUGAGCGCGGGCACACGGACAGCGGGAUAGCGUCACCCCUUCAGGCGGUGCGCCGACGGCCAGCAGGACGUGGCAGCGGAAGCCAUGGAUGCUGACAGCCACUGGCUCCUCUGUCCACGGGGACCGCUGCCCCUUGAGGCCCGCAAGCCACAGGCAGUCUCUGUGGAACCUCAUCUGAAUGUAUGGCUCACAAAGACACUUACUUUCCUGGGGUCGGGGGGAGGGUUGUUUUUGAACGUAAAGCUCUUUAUAUUUGUAUUUGCUUGACAUCAGGAACAAAGCGAGAGAAGGUGCAAGGUUGGGGGUGUGUCCGAAGCCUUGACGGCCUUCACGGGCCCUUUUAAAGGACCUCUGGGGGCAGACGGAUGUUGAGCGCAGCACAUGCUUCUCUUGGGGAAGAACCGGUCGCCAGACUUCCGAGGGCCCUUCCUCCGGGCGGGAGUUUCCUCCGUUCGGCCCCCGUGGUUCGUUCGUGUCCCCAGGUGGGGCAGUAACUAAAAGGUGGUGGUGGUAGUCGGCUCCCACGUCUGGGAAGGGUUUCCGUCAGGCCUCGGUUCAGGCACACUGGACGGUUUGCCUCUUGCAGGUCGAAGUGGGUCUGAUUGGAAAAGGGAUGGUCUGGAUCCAAGCAAACAUGUAAAUAGAGUUCUCAGGUCUCCACUGGGCUCAUCCCGCCGGAUUUCCCUGCAGUUGUCACGUCACACUAGGAGCAGGAACCAAGAAAUCCAAGCUUUUGGGUGUCUUCAGGUUGUGUUUUGAAUUCUGCUGAGAAGCGAACACUAACAUGCUCUAGGUUUUUCCAAGGCUGUUUUUAGUCCACUGACGGUUAUUGAAGGAGGUGGCCCAGGUGGCAAAUUCAUGACACCAGUACGCUGAGGCUCCUGCAGCAGCACUUUGUCCCGGCUCCGGUUGGGAUUUGCCUUUUAUUGCAACUACUGGCCAUUCUCUCUCAAUUCCUCUGAGGCUUGUUCUGGUUAUAGUUACUAUUUAAUAUUGAGACUAUUUUACUGAGCAGACUUUAUAAAUGAGGUAUCUGCAAGGCACUUAAAAGUGUUACAGAUGUUUUACCUUAAAGUUAUUUAAGUUUUAUUGGGUUAAGACAGUUUUUGGGGUACUGUAAAUGUUAUUUUCAGGAAAAGAUAGAAUGAUGGUGCUGACUGGUUUUCUGAAGAGUUUUAUGUAUAUUGCACAACAGUCCUCAAAUAAACAAAUCUACAUAAAGUAGCAUUUUUUUCACUCUAGUUAGAAUUCGAACGAACUAAUGCCUAUGCAGUUAAGUUGGAUAAAAUGUAUACAGAUGUUUCAUAUAUUACAGGAUAAAUAUAUAAAUCAAAAUUUCCUAUAUAAAGCUAAAACUGGGAGUUGGGGUGGAAAUAUUUUGAAUAUUUAUUUUUAAAGACGCAAGAUAGGACUUUGUGCAGUGUAUUUUUGUAAAUGCUUUUCAAGAUAUUUGUCUCUGGUAGUGCUUCUUUUGCUGCCACCAAAUUAUAAGAUGCUAUUGAAAUGUUUAAAUAAAGAGUUUUACUUUUUAAAAGUGCAUGACAUUU